AUGAAGGGAUCACUCUCACUCUGGGUUGUCGAACCAAUCAUCGAGAACAUGCUCCAGUGCAAAUGUAUCCUGGACCAGGGUGUGCAGAUAUGCGUCAUGUGGAAGGAUGUCUGGGAAGAUCUUGGAGCCCCUCUCAACCUGGACAGAGUGAUUCUUCUGGAGACUGUGAACACCUUGGUGAUAAAGAUGGUCAGGAAGCUGCUGUGUGUUUGGCUCCACUUCAGGUCAGUUGUCAUUGCAGUACAAGUUCAGGUAGUGCACCAUGCACCAUUCAAAAUCUUCUUGGGUGGCCGUUCUUUGCUACAGCAGCUUGCGAGACUUGAGACUUUGCCUCCGGAGAGCAGCAGAUCACAUUCACAGAUCCACACUCGGGGAAGUGGGUCAUAG